GUUACAUACCACAACUGUUGCAGUUGUACUGUGUGCCAUUUGGGACAUAGUUUCUACUUUGUUCUGUAGGAUCCCCCCAGAGAAGAAGGAAAUGGAAAAAGAGUGAAGACAGUCCUAGUCCCAAGCGACAACGCCUUUCCCAUUCAGUCUUUGACUAUACAGCAGCAUCACCAGCCCCGUCACCACCAAUGCGACCAUGGGAGAUGACAUCAAAUAGGCAGCCUCCUUUGGCUCGACCCAACCAACACCACUUCUCAGGGGAACGAUGCAACACACCCGCACGAAACAGGAGGAGUCCUCCUGUUCGACGGCAGAGAACAAGAAGAGAUCGUUUGUCUAGACAUAAUUCCAUUAGCCAGGAUGAAAACUAUCACCAUCUCUCCUAUGGACAGCAGCAAGCAAUAGAAGAGCCCCGAGCCUUUCACCCACCGAAUGUAUCUCCUCGUAUGUUGCAUCCAGCUGCUCACCCACCACAGCAGAAUGCAGUGAUGGUUGACAUUCAUGAUCAGAUACAUCAGGGCACAGUUCCUGUCUCGUACACAGUGACAACAGUGGCUCCACAUGGGAUACCACUUUGCACAGGCCAGCACAUCCCAGCCUGCAGCACGCAACAGGUCCCAGGGUGCUCAGUGGUUUUCAGUGGGCAGCACCUUCCAGUUUGCAGUGUGCCCCCCCCAAUGCUUCAGGCAUGCUCAGUCCAGCACCUACCUGUACCGUAUGCAGCAUUUCCACCCCUCAUUUCUAGUGACCCAUUCCUUUUGCAUCCUCCUCAUAUCUCUCCACACCACCCUCCUCACUUGCCUCCUCCAGGACAAUUCGUUCCUUUCCAAGCACAGCAGUCACGGUCGCCACUUCAAAGGAUAGAAAAUGAAGUAGAACUGCUUGGAGAACAUCUUCCUGUAGGAGGUUUUACAUAUCCUCCUUCAGCCCAUCCACCAACAUUGCCUCCCUCAGCUCCUCUCCAAUUUCUAACCCACGAUCCUUUACACCAGGAGGUGUCAUUUGGUGUACCUUACCCACCUUUUAUGCCUCGAAGACUCACAGGGCGCAGCAGAUACCGAUCACAGCAGCCAAUACCACCACACCCUUACCAUCCCAGCCUAUUACCUUAUGUGCUAUCAAUGCUCCCAGUGCCACCUGCAGUUGGACCAGCUUUCAGCUUUGAGUUGGAUGUGGAAGAUGGAGAGGUAGAAAACUAUGAGGCACUGCUGAAUUUGGCAGAACGUCUGGGAGAAGCCAAACCACGAGGACUGACAAAGGCAGACAUUGAACAGCUUCCAUCCUACAGGUUCAAUCCAAACAACCACCAGUCAGAACAAACAUUGUGUGUGGUGUGUAUGUGUGAUUUUGAGUCAAGGCAGCUACUUAGAGUCUUACCCUGUAACCACGAGUUCCAUGCCAAGUGUGUCGAUAAAUGGCUGAAGGCAAAUCGUACCUGCCCAAUUUGUAGAGCUGAUGCUUCGGAAGUGCAUCGUGAUUCAGAAUGACCAAUCUUAAGAGCACAAAUCUGGUUUGGGUGUUCCUGGUCACAUGUAUAUAUGAACUAUCUAUUGAACUUACCCAUGUGGCUUCCAGCCUACCCUUGACACAAAAGGGUCAAUGGACCUUACUUUGCACUGUGUGACUUAAUCAAUUACAAAGCUUAUAUAACUAGUCUCCACAGUUACGGGGUUGUUAUACUAACAGUGUGAUUGGAACUCCAAAGAUAUUUUUUUUAGCUUAAUUUUGUGUGUGCACUAACAUUCCCUGGUUUUCGUGUGAUCAUUCCGAGUGUUGCUGCGAGAUUACUGUGGACGUGAUCUUUUAGCAUGUGCUUUUAUAUAAAAGAAAAAGGAAAAAAAAAAGUGGUAGCUCCAAACAAUAUAGCAAUCUACCUUAUAUAGAGCCUUCAGAUACUGUGAGUGGGAAUGAAUGGUGUGAAUGUGUGUUUGCUUGUGACAGGAUGUGUGAAGUGUGCUAGUGACUGAGUGUGCAUGUGUGUUUGAGAACUUAUAUACCAGCAUGUACUGAGAACGUAUGUGUGUAGUGAUAAUUAUGCUGCAAUGUAUAAUCUUGUGUGUUAUUUAAACAGUACUAGUACUGUACACUGGUCCCUUUCCUUGUGUUUGCACUUGCACACUGAAUGAGGUGGGUGCAGCAAUUACAGACAUUUAGUAUUUCCUCCCCAAUGUACUUACAGAUAUAAAGACCUUUCUACCUACUAUUCAAACAGCUGUUACGCUUCCCCUUCAAUGGAGGCUUUAAAUGUGUACCACUAAAGAGUGCA